AUUUCUCCAAGAGGAAAGAGGAAAAACUGUGUUUGGGAGCGAAGUUUGAAACUGCUUAACCCCGACCAAAUAAACCCCAAGAAACAUUGCCACGACAUUUGAGGCCAAGGCGGAUGACGUGUGUUUGGCAGAUUUUUUUUAUUUUUUUUUUUUCAUUUUCUUUCGUUGGGUUAUGUGUAGAUCAAUACCCGAAAGUGGCAAUGGAAAGGGAGAUGGGAGGAAAAUGAGAUUCGAUUCGAUGCCAGUCGAACCCGAACCACAAGGUUCGGGCGGAACAUUGGAAGAAAAUGCUCAUCGAAGACAUGGCAUUACUAUGGUGGUAUAUGGUAAGGAUCAAGGGCCGUUGAUCCCAUGCCAUACCUCCUGACCCUGCCUGCAUCUGCAUCUGCAACAUGCACCUAGCGCAAGCAGGAGGUAAAAUACUACGGUGCAAGGGACCACCAAAGAAAAAGGUCACCGUUGUUUUUACAAGCCAAGGCAAGCCUACCCCUGUCUGCCGCUUCCAGGUCGAACAAAUUUUCUUGGCACGCACCGCAUGCCUCGAGUUCCCCGAAGCAGACCUGUUUGUUGGUUUUCAGCUUCAGAAUUGCAGCUUUUCCUGCUUGCAUUCACCUUUUGUUUUAGACGAGGCAGGGCGAAUCCCCUAAACUCUGGCGCCAUUCCCACCUGAUGGGCUUUUCCUUCUGUCUACGUUUAACCCACAAAUUUUAUUUACCCAGCAUUUCCCUGCAUUAGCAUUCGUUCCACCACCUUAUUCGAAGCCAAAUCGUCAAUUUACCAUCAUUUCCUGCUUGUCUGUCUGUCACAAUUUUCCGUCAUCCUUCAUCUGACCUAAUAAUCGCCAGCCUCUCCACACCAAACAACCUCGUCGAAAAGUUCUUGCGGUUUCUGACGCUGUGUUAAACCCGCCUCUCCUUGGAAAUCUCACUCACCUGAACAAGCUACCGACUGCUCACCUACCUUACCAUGGACUCGUACAUCAAAUAAAACAUCUCUGCCGCGGCCAAAAGCAGAAACCUACUUAGCUGCCUCCAACCCUUCAGCAUCAUCUUCACUACACUCAUUCCCUACAACGGUCAUAUCAAUCAUCAUGAAAAUUUCCUAUAUUAUCUGUCGUCACUCGCGGCUUUCGUAGCAUUGGGAGCAAAUAUUUGUCGUCGUCGCGUGUUUCACAGCGGUGACUCUUGCACACAAGAGUUCACCUGUCUUCCAACAUUUUGAUAUUAUUAUUUCUGCCAACUGGUUCAAUCGUGGACUCGGAGAAUAUACAUCUCAUAAGUCAUGGCCCGUGUCAAAGAUUUUUUGAAGGCUCAGGCUAAGAGCUUGAAGCCUGCAUUCUUUUCCAAGCAACCCCAUUUCAACUUCAUCAGCGCACACUAUUUCUAUAUUGUCGGCCAGACCAUCUUAGCUUCCGUCCUAGUAUACGCUUCUGGAGGUGCUGCCGUCUCUUACAUAGAUGCACUCGUAUUUGGAAGCGGAGCAGCAACGCAGUCUGGACUCAACCCCGUCGACGUCAACCUGCUCAAUACUUUCCAGCAGGCUGUCAUGUACCUCGUGUGCAUGAUGUGCAGCCCCAUCACAAUCAACUCCUUUGUGGUAUUUCUCCGCCUGUACUGGUUCGAGAAGAAGUUCCAGGACUUGGUCAAGGAUGCGAGAAGACGGCGCUCGACUUUUGCCCAAACUCGGUCCAAAGCGAAGAGCGUUGACCACCGUAACAUGCAAGAUGUGGAGAACGGCGUCAAUGGUAGAAACAUAACCGUCAUGCGUGGCAACGGCGAUACCAGGAUCACUAAUGAUGGCAUGCUUUUGUCUCCGAUUCCUGAGCCAAAACCUAAUGGCAUGCCGAACACGCCCAAGUCGUCCCGAGAUACUGACCCGACAUAUGAUGGAAUGGACGGCCAAGAUAGAGAGCUCCCUCAGCCUAGGACAACCGAGGAGCAUUUGGCCAUCCUGGAACGCCAGCGAAACGAGGGCGAGACUCUGCGAAUUCCCGGACCGAGAGACGUUGAGUUGGGUAUGGCACCGGUGAGGGUUGAGCGGGGUGCCGACGAAGAUGCCAUGCCUCGAUCUCCUAGAUCACCUUACCGUCGCCCGCGCAGUAUGGAUUCCGUCGAUGGGCGGCCCCCCGGGCCUCGUCAGCAGACUAUCGUUAUCCAAGAGCCGAUGAAACCACCAGCGCGUGAGGAGAUGGCGGAGGAGUUUGAAGCCAUUAAGAACACGCUCGAUCCAUUAAAGUUGCGAGUGCCGCGCAUUUUCAAAAACAGAAACCCCAGGCUCCACGAGGACGAUAGUGACGAAGAGCAGGAGCGAAGGCAUUUGCCCGAGAGACUCCGGAGGCGCUCAACUUUUGGCAGCGUCCGCAGAGCAUUCACCCAGGACAAGGUGGAAGAUACGCCCUACCUUUCGUGGACCCCGACAAUCGCUCGCAAUUCAAAUUUUCCUGGAAUGACCGAGGAGCAGCGUGAAGAGAUGGGUGGUAUCGAGUACCGGUCGCUAAAGUCUCUGGCAAAGGUCCUGGUCUUCUAUUUUAUGGGAUUUUCCGUCCUGGGUGUUGUCUGUCUUCUGCCCUGGAUCCAGUUGACAGAGCGCUGGGGAGUUGUUGUCGACCGAGCAGGCCAGAGUCGGACGUGGUGGGGCUUUUUCACAGCAAACUCGGCCUUCAUGGACCUUGGAUUCACGCUCACGCCGGACAGCAUGGUCUCGUUCAAUACGGCCACUUUCCCACUUCUAUUGAUGAGCUUCCUGAUCAUUAUCGGGAACACAGGGUUCCCGAUCAUGUUGCGAUUUCUCAUUUGGACUUUCUCCCUGAUGGUUCCACGGGGCAGUGGACUAUGGGAGGAGCUCAGGUUUUUACUUGACCAUCCUCGAAGAUGCUUUACGCUUCUCUUUCCGGGUGCAGCCACUUGGUGGCUAUUCUGGAUUCUUUUGGCGCUGAACGGGAUCGACCUGAUAUUUUUCAUUGUUUUAGAUCUCGACAGCGGCCCAGUCUUUGAAAUGCCCACAGGUAUAAAGAUUCUGAACGGCGUGUUCCAGGCUGCUUCCACCAGAACUGCCGGGUUUGCGAGUGUGAAUCUUUCUCAGCUCCACCCGGCCGUGUUGACAUCCUACAUCAUCAUGAUGUAUAUUUCGGUCUUUCCCAUUGCUAUAUCAGUGCGUAGGACCAAUGUGUACGAGGAAAGUGCUUUGGGGAUCUACACCAACGCCGAAGAUGACGAGCAGGUGUCGCACAUUGGCUCCCACUUCCGGCGGCAGCUGUCUUUCGACUUGUGGUUCAUCUUCCUGGGUUAUUUUAUUUUGUCCAUCUCGGAGGGCGCCCGACUUCAAAGCGGAGACAUCACAAUGUUUGCCGUCCUGUUUGAGGUUGUCAGUGCCUAUGGCACGGUCGGGCUGAGUUUGGGAUAUACCAACGUCAAUACUUCUCUGGUUGGACAGUUUUCGACAGUUGGCAAGCUCGUCAUAGUGGCGAUGCAGAUUCGUGGUCGCCACCGUGGUCUUCCUUACGGUCUUGACCGAGCUGUGCUGCUGCCUGGCGACUCGCGCAACGUGACAGAGGAGAAGAAAGAAGCGGCGCAUGCGGACAACUCUGUUGAUCCGCAAUUCCAGCUUCACCGUCGCACUUCUGGCAUGUCGACUGCCACUCAAGGGGUGGGCUCGUCUGUAAGGCGCGGCCGAAGCCGGAGCAUAACGCGCGUUAACAGCAACGUGCUGGUGCAGCUAUUACAUCCUGGGCCGGCACCGGUACCGCAUGGGCCCCCGAUGCGAAGAAGAUCGGCGGCCGAUAUGGAGGAAGAAGAGUAUUAUGAAAUGUACGAGCGGUCUAGGUCAUCAAUAAGGAGGGCUGAGACCAUAGCGCAGGUUCCGAUACCGUCAGCCGACAUUCCCGCGAGACACUAGAGAGCUGUUUAUUGGGCGGCGUACUUUUUUUUUUUCUUGCAUAUUUACUGGAGGCUUCUAUAGCUUUGGGUUUCCUUUCUCUUGGCAAGCGUGUUAUAAGGGCGGCAAGUUUUUUCUUUUCUUUUCCUCAGCAACAAAAUACACUACUAGACUUUUGUACUAUCUGUUUUGUGGGCGGGGAGUUAUCAGGUGCUGGCAUCCAUUGGAAGGGUUUUCACCUUGAAGUCUACUCUCUUCUUUUUUUCCCUUCCAUACUUUAUUCUUUCAUGAGAUGAUUCGUUGAAACGAACUCCUGGAACAGACGACAGUGAGUCAAAAUACAUUGGGCUACAGAACCGUGAAAUAAUAAAGCUCGUAAUGUCUCAAAAAAAAAAAAAAAAAAAAAAAAAAAAA